AUGAAUGCGAAAUAUAUGAAGGAUCCCAAUUGGAUGAACAGAGGCCCUCCUGGCUCGGCAUCAUGGAGCUGGAAAAGCAUUCAUAGUGCAAAAAAUUUGUUGUUGGCUGGUCUAUGGAAAAGGAUAGGGUCCGAAGAUGGUAAGGUGGAGGCUGAAAAACCUGAGGGAUGCAACCUCAAGUGGGUGAGUGAGCUGAUUGAAGAAGGGAGAUGGAAAAGAGAACUUUUGCAGGCAUGGUUUGGAAACACACAGGCUGAGGUCAUUGAACGUAUUUCCACCAGCAUUGGAAGGAGAAUGGACAGACUGAUUUGGAAAUUUUCAAAGACUGGAGCAUAUACGGUGAAAACAGGAUAUGCAAGGGCAAGGCAGGAAGAAAAUCAGAUCAGUCGAAACCGAACAUACAAUGCUGAGUCAAGUUGGGAAGUUCAAAAACGGACGGUGUGGAAGAAUUUGUGGCACCAAAAGGUAAAGGCCAAGCUGAAACAUUUCAUGUGGAAAUGUUUGCAAAAUUGUUUGCCAACCAAUGAAGUGAUUUUCAAAAGGAUUGGACAAGGUGAGGGAAGAUGCAGCUGCUGUGGAGAAGGCAUAGAAACCAUUGAACACUUACUCUUUUUGAAUGCGAUGGAGGUUUGGAAAUUGGCACCGGUUAGCUGGGAUGGACUAGUAGACAAACAACACAAUCUCUGGCUAUGGUGGGAGGAAGCCACUAAAGCUACUUCAAAGGAAUGUGGACCUGACCGAGUGAACCUCACCAUUAAUCUGUUUUGGCAAAUCUGGAAAGCACGAAACAGAAGAGUGUUUGACAAUGAAAUCCAGAAUUCACCCAACAUUGUCUCCAAGGCGCAAGUGGAAUGGCUGGAAUAUGAGCAUGCAAGGAAGGAAGAAAAGGAGCAGACUGCUACGGCAAACAUCAAGGAGCAUCAAACGCGAGGCCAAACAGCAGGGUAUGAUAACGUUUGCUUAUUCACGGAUGCGGCGAUAUCAUCAAGGAUGAUCAGGACGGGUCAAGGCAUUGUUGCAAGAAAGUGGAACGGAAUGAUCAUGAAAGCAAAGGCAAUAGUCAAUCAAUAUAAGGGGGAACCAAGUAAAGAAGAAGCUUUAGCAAUUAGGAAUGCAAUGCUGAUGGCUAAACAGGUAGGAUGGACUAAAAUUAUAAUCCAUUCAGAUAGCAAAUCAGUUAUUGACCAGAUACAUAGUGGCCAUGAGUAUGAUAGUACCAUUGCAAGUGCAACUAUUCUGGAAGAAGUGCAGGAUUUGACUUCACAUUUUGCAAGCUGUAGGUUUGUGUGUAUAUCUAGAACAGAAAAUGAAAUUAGCCAUGCUCUAGCUAAGUUUGCUAUUCAGUUAGUGAAUGAUAUUGAAUGA